AUGUUUCUAUUCAAAAAGAAAUUAUUUAUCAUUGCUAUUAUCAUCCUAUGUCAGGUGUGGUUACUUGUGUUUCGGACUCCCUUAACGACUUGGCUAAGUGCAAAAAGUGAUAAUGGAUCUUUGAAUCUUACCUCUUGUCCACAACCAGAGCACGGGGAGAAGGUCGAAGUAGCAUGUCGUAGGAAGCCAAGAUCCUCGAAACAGUCCUUAAAUGCGGCUAACGUAGCCAUGAUGCUAAAGAAUAUUAACAGAACAUUGGUCAAAUUUAUAAACAAUUUUCGUGCAACGAAGAUUUCUGAAAAUCCCGUAGCAACAACAAGAAAGCCAACGACAAAACCGUCGAUUGACAUAGUAAACGACUAUUACCCUUUUGUAGAUUUUAAAUUCGUAUUCCCGGAAAUUUCGCCCAAAGUUGAAACAACACCAGAUAUUUUUAUGAUAGUUUUUGGUCAAAUCUGGCGCCAAGGGCGACGUGUUUCGGAGACAUAGGGAGGCUAUCCGACAAACCUGGGGAAAUCGAAGCAAUUGUGAACAACGUAAAGCUUUGCAAGAUGAAAAAAUAAAAAACUUAAGGUGGCUACUCAUAUUUGUUGUUGGAAAAGCGGGACCGAACGAUGAUGAACUAAACAAGGUUGAAGCUAGACAACACAAUGAUAUGUUGAUAGGAAAUAUCACGGACAACUAUAUCAAUAAUGUUGUCAAGUUCUACAUGGGUCAAGUUUGGGCAAGUAAAUUUGAUAUAAAAUACACACUCAAAACAGACGAUGAUGUUUAUGUGCGCAUACCACGUGUGUUGGAAUAUCUUGUUAACGCUAAGUUUCCGAGACCAUUUUAUGGAGGAAUGACCUUCCCGCCAAUGAGAGUCCAUCGCGUUAUCGGUCGAAAAUGGACAGUUAGUUGGAAAUAUUUUGGUGAAAAAAAUUAUCCAAAGUAUAAUGCUGGAGCGUUUUUUAUUCUGUCCGCCGACCUUUUCAAUAGAUUAUUUAAUUAUGUCUAUAUCAGGAAACCAUUUCACACAGAUGACGCAUAUGUAGGGAUAGCAAUGCGAGAUUUUGGGGUAAAAAUUGGAAGAAUAUCUUCGUUUGUUUCUAGGCAUGAUAUGAAUGUGUUUAUACAUAAAGCUGAGGACUGUAAGAUAUUACGUCUAGAUGGCUUUGGACAUAGUUUGGACCCAGAAUCAACCAGCUUUCUUCAUAAUCGCCUCAAAACACUGGCUUGUGGGAGUAUGCAGAUCAAGUGUUGA